GUCCGAUCAAAUCCACACCCGGGCCCCGCUCUUCCCUCUCCCAGAUCUAAAUCCAGCUCUCGCCAUUACCUCUUCCAGAUCCGGAAGUGGGAGAGUCGGCGGCGGUGGCGGUGGCGGUGGAGCGGCGGUGACGAUGGUGGAGCCGCACGGUAAAACCUGGACAACGCGUCGGGGUAGCAAUCCUCGCCUCGAGUCUGAUCCGGUUAUAGACAUUCCCCCGACUCCUCCCGGCGAUGCUCGCCCCGGAAAUAAACUCCCCGCUACCACCCCAUUCCUCUCCCUUUUUUUACCCUUUUCAUCAUCCGGCUCCGACGGCUUGGGAUACGCCAGCCUCACGACCGCCUUCACCAUCGGCGCCUGGUACUUCUCCAACAUCGGCGUCCUCCUCCUAAACAAGUACCUCCUCAGUAUCUACGGGUACCGCUACCCGAUCUUCCUCACCAUGAUCCACAUGGUUUCCUGCUCUCUCUAUAGCCUCGCAGCAAUUCGCUGGCUCCGCCUCGUUCCUCUCCAAUCCGUCUCCUCUCGGAAACAGCUCUUCAAGAUCGCUGCCCUCAGCGGUAUUUUCUGCUUUUCCGUUGUCUGCGGCAACAUAUCGCUUCGUUACCUCCCCAUCUCAUUCAACCAGGCUGUCGGAGCCACCACGCCCUUCUUCACAGCUAUUUUCUCUCUCCUCAUUACCUGUCACCGCGAGUCCGGCGCCGUGUACCUUGCUCUCCUCCCGGUCGUGCUAGGCAUCGUCGUGGCAAGCAACAGCGAGCCACUCUUUCACCUUUUCGGCUUUCUCGUCUGCAUCGGCUCCACGGCGGGCCGCGCCCUCAAAUCGGUAGUGCAGGGCAUUCUACUCACUUCCGAGGGAGAGAAGCUUAAUUCGAUGAACUUGCUUAUGUACAUGUCUCCCAUCGCCGCCGUGAUGCUUCUUCCGGUUACUCUAUGGAUGGAGGGGAACAUUGCGGGGACCACAGCGGCGAAGGCCGCGGAAGAUCCGCGGCUGCUAUUCUUCCUCUUCGUCAACGCGACGGUUGCUUACCUCGUGAAUCUGACCAAUUUUUUGGUGACAAAGCACACCAGCGCGCUCACUCUCCAGGUUCUGGGGAAUGCUAAGGCCGCCGUGGCCGCCGUUGUCUCUGUUCUUAUUUUCCGGAAUCCUGUUACUGUGAUGGGGAUGACGGGGUUCGGGAUAACGAUUUUUGGCGUGGUUCUAUACAGCGAGGCUAAGAAGAGGUCAAAAUCUUCCUCCUCUGCCUCAUCAUCCUCCCCCAAUUCUUCUUCUUCUUGAAUUUUUCUCAUGAAUUCGAUCAAAUUUACCUUCGAAAAUACUCUUUUGCCUGUUCAGAACACGCUGCUGCUAUAAUUGUUAUUUGGAAGGGUUAAUUUUAUCAUCAAUUGUAAUAUUUUCCGUUUAUGCGCUCUUCUAGUUUGCCUUAUAUAUAUAUUUGCACUAUUAUACGAGCUUUAUAGUUAGAGAGAGCUUGUUCCAGCCUCAAUUAUUCUGUGAGGAGUUCAGAUAGUAGCUAUGUGUUCAGAUUCCAAUAAAAGCUAAAUAUUUGAAUUUUA